GUCCGUCGAAGAUAACUUCCGCUUUUGUACUUUUUCAAUUAACAAACGCUCCUGGGACAAGCAGCGUUGCUUAAAACAAAGUUUAUCGGGUUUUCGUGUUUUAACUCUUUAUUACAUUCGGCUUCCUCCUUGUGUUAAAGAAAAAUGCAAGCUUUAAGAAACCUGUUCCGGGCCAGCUGGUCCUCUGAUGUGAGACUAGAUGGAAAAACUGCUGUCAUCACCGGGGCUAACACCGGGAUUGGUAAAGAAACCGCAAUCGACCUGGCAAAAAGAGGUGCUAAAGUCAUUGUAGCAUGUCGGGACAUGGAGAAAGCUCAGGUGGCUGUGAAGGAAAUAAUAGAAAUCUCUGGGAAUGACAACGUUGCUUGCAUGAAACUUGAUUUGUCAAAUAGCAAAUCAAUCAGAGAAUUUGCAGAAGCCAUCAAUAAAGAUGAGCCAAAACUCAACCUCCUCAUCAACAACGCCGGUGUGAUGGUUUGUCCGUACGGGAAAACGGCUGACGGCUUUGAGAUGCAGAUCGGUGUCAAUCACUUUGGUCAUUUCCUGCUGACCUAUUUGUUGAUCGACCUGAUUAAAAGAUCGGCCCCGGCCAGAAUCGUCACGGUGUCCUCCAUGGCUCACUCCUGGGGCUCCAUCAACUUGGACGACAUCAACAGUGAGAAGAGUUACAGCAAGAAUAAAGCUUAUGCUCAGAGCAAGCUCGCUAACAUCCUCUUCACCCGUUCUCUGGCGAAAAAAUUAGAAGGAACUGGUGUGACAGCGUACUCUCUCCACCCUGGAGUUGUUCAGACAGAUUUGUGGCGUCACCUGAGCGCCCCUGAAAAAUUUUUCAUAAAGAUCGCCAGUCCCUUUACCAAGAACUCCGUCCAAGGAGCUCAGACCACCAUUUACUGCGCAGUAGAACCAUCUCUGGAGAAGGAAAGCGGUGGAUAUUACAGUGACUGUGCUGCUGCCAGCUGCUCAGCUGCAGGGAAAGACGACGAGGUGGCGCAGAAGUUGUGGGAGCUGAGCUGUCGGAUGCUCUCCAUAUCGUGGGAUUAAAGCGACAAGAAGAAACGGUUGCUUUACUAAUUAAUACAGGGCCACUUAAUUACAAACACUGCCUCUAAAGGGAAGGAUGGCCUUAAUUUAUAAGUACUUACUGGUAUGGUCAACAGUCCUUUAGCAGCUCUUGUUCUGGCUUUCGUCUAAAGUGUGUUUCACAUACUGAGUUUGUAGAUGUUUUCUCUAUUUGGACGAAUGUUUUUAAUGAAUACAAGAAUGAAAUUAUUUAAAGUGUUUUUCUACAUUCCCCCCAAAAUUCAAAAUUUAUUAAAAUGUGACGUAUUGACAUUUUCUGUAUAUUUAUAACUGGAUACAUUACCACACACACACACACACACACACACACAAAACAUUCAGUUGGUGAAAGUGCCUCCCCUGAUGUUUCAUGUGAAUUAUUUUCCUGUUCUAAAUAUAUGAAUUAAAGAUGUUUUAAUAUUCAACAA